AUGGCAUUCUCUCUGCAGCCCCGACUCUUUCUCAGAGCGUUGAAGCUCCCAUACCGUGGCAUAUCGUCAGCAUCUUGUCGAUCCUAUUCAAACGUGAUCCAAGAAACCGAACCAGCCCCAGUCGAAGAAUCGUCGUCUUACGACCCCAGUAUCGCUUUCGCACCUCCUCCGACCCGAGAUGAAGCUGGCGUCCUAGUCCGGACAUACAAGCCUCGAACACCCGGUGUGAGACAUUUGCGACGACCCAUCAACGAUCACUUAUGGAAGGGCCGACCCUUACACAGACUGACCUUUCCCAAGCGAGGCCAUGCAAAGGGUGGCCGUAAUCAUUCAGGCCGAAUCACAGUACGACACAGAGGUGGUGGUCACAAGCGGCGAAUUCGAAUGGUAGACUUUCGCAGACAGGCUCCAGGACCACAUGUCGUGGAAAGAAUUGAGCAUGAUCCCGGCCGAAGUGCACAUAUUGCAUUAGUCCGCUCUGUGAAUGACGGCAAAUUGAGCUACAUCCUAGCGGCCGAUGGCAUGAGGGCUGGGGAUACCAUUCAGAGUUAUAUGUCUGGUAUACCGGAAGAUCUCUGGAAGAGUAUGGGGGGAAUGAUUGAUCCAGGUGUUCUUGCCGCACGGACAGCAUGGCGAGGCAAUUGCUUGCCUCUACAUAUGAUCCCGGUUGGCACGCUGAUAUUCAAUGUCGGCCUACGGCCAGAUAAAGGUGGUCAGCUUUGUCGAAGCGCAGGCACAUUCGCCACUGUUAUUGCUAAGGGAACCGAGCAACAGAAGAACGAGGAGCGCAAGCAGCUUUUGGAGGCUGAAAGUGGAGCUGGUGAGACCGAAGAGAAGAAACUCACUCAAAAGGAUCGUCAGAAAUUUGAACGCGAUGCCAACCACGUCACGAUUCGUCUUCAGAGCGGUGAAGUUCGUCUGAUCCAUAAGGAUUGCUGUGCCACAGUUGGAGUUGCUAGCAAUCCAAACUACCAGUAUAGACAGCUUGGAAAAGCUGGUCGUUCACGAUGGCUCAAUAUCCGCCCAACGGUGCGAGGUCUUGCAAUGAAUGCUAUGGACCACCCUCACGGUGGUGGACGUGGUAAAUCCAAAGGAAAUGUACACCCAAAGAGUCCAUGGGGAAUACCGACGAAAUCUGGCUACAAAACCCGACCUAAAUGGAAGAUCAACAAAGCUGUCGUGGUCCCUCGUGUCCGCAACCAGGGAAAGCGUCGUCGUGGCUACAAUUAA